CGUUGGGAGCAGACGACAGGCAACCCGCAGCAAUUUUGUAACUGUAACUCAGUUUCUUUUGUUUUUCAGUAGUCGUCGAUGCAUCUGUAACGCACACAACUCCACAAUGGGUGAAAAGUUGGCAAGUUAUUUGCUAAACAGGGAACGCGGCGGGGGAUAGAGGGACGAAUUACGCAUUCCCGCCACAGCGGAGAUACAGCGCGCGUGCGUGUGAAGUGCCGUACGACAGACGAUACCAGCACUGCACGUGGGCUGGAAUCAGAAGUUUUCAAGGACUUUCCAGAUUCUUUAAGCGCAGAAGUCUGUGCGUGAGUGUUACAUGAAAGUGAAGUUCAAUGUGCGCUGUCAUUAAGUGGUCGUGGUGAGAAGGGAAAGCCAGGAAGAUUGUUGUAGAGGCGAGGGGGCUGUGUUUACAUGCUCCGCCGGUACAGCUUCAACACGGAGUAGCGCUACCUGGCCGUGGCUCGACGCCAGUACAGUUCAGUCCGCCGACAGAGAAUGGACACAUUCGGCUUGGUGUCGGAAACACGGAUAUAUUCGGAGGAUAUUGCUUACAGUAACAUUUUCUGGAUCGGAUAGGUGCAGAAAUAUUGUGUGUUUGAAGUGGAGAGUGUACUCUUCUCUGUGUUGGGUGCAGGAUGUUACUCACCAAACUUUGAAAGUAUUCUGGAUUAUGGGGAACAUUACGGAAUAACUGUGGAAUGUGAAUGACGGCUUAAAACACGAUAUUUCGGGAUAUUAUGAAACAGCACGGAAGUGGAACUGUUUCGUGUGCCAGUAGUUCAAAUGAUGGGAAACAAGACAGAGGUGUCUAGCUGAGUGUCCUAACACUUCGAGCGGGAUUACAUCGAGUGUGUAACAAUGGCUGGAAUUGUGACCCACAGUACAAGUUUGAAUUCCUUCUGGUCCAUCAUCUACUGCCUGUUGGUUUUAGGAGUACAAAGUUAUGCCAUAUAUACCGCCAUUGGGCGUUACCAUGAAGCGUCGGGGAGGGCGUGGCCGGGUGGUCAGGACGGAAGACCAGUGGAGGUAUCGGCUCACCUUGCCUUGAUCAUCUUGUCAAUUCUCGUCCUACCCUUCUUCGUACUAACUGCGUGGGUCCGUGUGGGGAACUACGGUAACGAUGGGAUUAAGUUAGGGCGAGAUCAUGCUUUGAACACCAACAUGGACGCAUUCUGUAAAAAGAUCAAGAAAGGCGGUAUGAAAAGAAUUUGGCAACAUUUUUGUCCCAUGGCUCAAACGUUUCAUUUGAUUUCCGCUUUCUUCCUGGUCCUCCCCGAGACGGUGUUGUCGGCGGUGGAGGUGCAGUACGGCUACAGGACAACGGAUGCUGUGUGGACCAGUGACAUGGACUUCCUGUUUGCGCGCGAGCGAGCACACCUGAGUGACGUGAAGAGCAGUAUCAACAUCACGGAGGCACACAAUGAGACCCUGCUCGUCAUCCCCACGCCCCGACCCCCUCCCUGGGGCUGGACCAACAAAUACUCCCUCACUGUGGCCUUUGUCAACUUCGCUGCUGCCCUCAUCACCUUCUCCAUCAGAUACUCCUCUGUGUUUUGGUUCACUAACAAGAUCCUCACAGCCAUCUUUGCUUUCCAGAUGUUCUUCAUGACCUUGACCUCAGUGUUUGGUUAUUGUGGUUUCUCUGUCUUGUACAAAGUCUGCUACAACCUUCACCUUUACCAGAAUGUUCAUCUGUCUCUUGGGUGUGCUGCAAUUAUCGCCUUGUACAUUAUUGGAGGAAUCAUCAUGGUACUGUCCACCAUGACAGUGUUUAAAUAUGGUGCACACUACUUUGAGGAAAAGUUCAAAAUCAUCGAACGAAAACAUAACUCAGAGACUUAUGUGAAGCAGACUGUGAUAGUUCACAGUGGCUGCCAGGGCUAUAUUCCUCAUUCUUGUGCAAUGGCUGCUCUGAUAUUCUUUGCUGUGUGUAAAGGCCCCAUAUUGUACAAUUUGGUCAGUCUGUAUCGUGUGACCAAAGACGGCCUUGUCCUGGCCUGUGUUGUCUGUGAGGUGUGCUACAUGGUGUUCUGGAUUGUCCUUUGGUUCGGGCUGACAAUAAAGCAACAGUGGAGGUUCCGAAUUCUUGACUAUGUUCCUCUUGGACAGCCUGUCUUUAUGAUCAACUCCUCAGAGAAUGGUCAUGUCAUGAAGAACCCAUCGUUUGAGACAGACAACAUGGAAUUGCAUGAACUCCACAAAGAGCGACCACCAAGCCGGAACCGACAACGUGAGUCCCCUCCAGGAUAUUUGGAAGCUCUUUCUACAGAAGGAACUGAUGACAUGCCAUCAGAAGAUGGAACUGACAACUCUGAUAACAUGAACUUAACUGAAAAUCCAUUAUCAGACAUGGAUCAACCAGCGACCAAUGGUGGAGCCAUGAGGAAGUCUAGGAACAGGCGAAAUGGAGGACAGAGAGUUACAUUUGAUGAAUCUGUUCGCAGCAACACGUCUUCGGAGGAUGGUAAACCUCGGGGCAGAGGCGGAGUUAAUGGGCGGACAACUCCAGAAGCAAAGAUGAUGAAUGUCACAGUGGAUGUCCAUAAUGGAGAAGACAAGCGAUCUGCGGGGGAGGGUGUUCUGCGAAGGGCAAACAGUGGAACAGACAACAACAUCUCACGAGAGUACAGAAACAGUAUUAGAAACAAGUGUGGGGAGUAUUACAGCAAUGUGAAUAAUUUAUCUACUUCCUCAGAGGAAGCUCCUUCUAGCACCAUCUCUGAGCCUCUUCCGACAUUAAUGUCUUCAUUUAGGGACAAGGUCAAGGAAUCUUCAAGGACUGCUAAUAAUUACAAGGAGCAGAGUAAGUCCAUGUUCCCAACCACAAACUCACUAGAGAAAAAUUCCAGCCAUAGUUCUUCCAACGGACACGUAGACAGCAACAGCUUGUCUAAGAGGAAGGGCUUGGUGGAAAGCGAGAUUGGAGAGGUGUCUCUGAAACUGAAUGAUAUUCAUCUGGACAAUCUGGACUCUCUUAAUAGAUGUAAGAGAAACUCCUCGUGUAACAGUGAUGACUCAAAGAGGACUAGCACAUCUGGAGUCAGUAGCAUGUCCAAUGACAUUCUCCCCAUGCCCAAUUCAAGCAGACAUCUUGUUAACGGAACCAACGAGAGUCCUGAUAACAGCUUGAAAAAACGGUCAAAAAAUGGCUACCCUCCAUUGGAGAAAUCUGAAUACCUCUUUCCAAGACCGCUGCACUUAUCAGUGAAGAAGGGUGACAUUGGGAGGAGGGACUCAGCUAAUUAUUCAUUAACAUCAUCACAAGAAACGUCGUCUAACGACUCGGAUCAGGGGCAAGGACUCUGCAGCCAAAAUGGCCAGAGUAGCGAGAAGCAGCAAUGACUAACCCAGGGCUGAACCGUUCGACCAAGUCACCUACCACUGAAGGCCAAACAAGCACUAUCCGAGGACUGUGAAGCCUUAUCCAGACAAUUGAAUCAUACCUGUGGUGUGUCUUCCCUUUGUGUAAUGUAUCCAAAACAUGGAAUAUCCGACACAUUGCAGCUGAAAGUAACGUUACUGGUCAAAAUACUGAAUCUCUUUGAUAAAUGGCGCAUGUGUGGUCAGUGGACUUCGUUACACUGCGGCCAUGUUGACGUGAAGAUAACUACAAAACAUGUCCUCGGACACUACACCGCGGACACGACGUCUUCAUCGUGGGUGAUAUGAACGCUUGUUAAACAGUAGAAGGGCAAGACGGUUCUGAUGAAGUAUUCAAGGGCAGGCUGCGUCAAUGAAGUGGUGUCAUCCACGGCGAGUUACGUCGCCACUCGGUAUCGUGUCCAAGACGUCAUGUCGAAGUACACAGAUUGUUUCGUUGAAGUAAUGUCAUCAGGUCCAAGGGCUAACUAGGUCCUAAUUAUACUGAUGAAAUCAAACAAGAGAACAUAACAGAGCGAUGGAA